AUGCUCGCGGGCUCUGUGGGCUUCAGGCGUUUUCCUCAGUGGUACAGCGCCAACUCUCUCCCGCCGGAUAGGGAGACCUGGCGGCGCUCUGCUCGAAAACUCCUGACUGAGCCACCCAGCGGGCCUGUGACUGUUUCAUGGGUGCUGACAGAAGCCAAGAGACUCACGGAGCAGCAAGUAAGCAGCAUGAGCGUGACGACGGUCACCCUGCUCCUCCGGGGGUUCGACAUGGACGCCCGCACAUGUUGCACCACAGGGGAGGACUCCUCGAGGGACAGUCUUCUCCCAGGGCAAAGAGCAGGAUCGGUUCAGCUUGCUCUAGAAUUUGGAAAGCCACUUGCCCUCCAUGACCCACAGUCCUCCCCUGUGGUGCAACAUGUGCGGGCGUCCAUGUCGAACCCCCGGAGGAGCAGGGUGACCGUCGUCACGCUCAUGCUGCUUACUUGCUGCUCCGUGAGUCUCUUGGCUUCUGUCAGCACCCAUGAAACAGUCACAGGCCCGCUGGCAAGCAGGGAAUCCUCUCAGACCGCUUACUCCCCGGGUACACGCUUCACGAACAUGUCUACCCUUAAGAAAGGGAUGGGUGAGCCUAGAAGAGGUGACCGAUUAAGGCAGGCAUUAGUCACAUGGACCUUUUUGGCUGUUAAGGACUUUGAACUUCAUCCCAAGAUCAAUAGAAAGCCAUGGGAAAUUUUACAGCCUAAGUGCUACGAUUUGCGACCUGAUCUACAGGUUUGCAUAUCCAAAAAACCUACCUGUUGCACCAGGAAGAUGGAGGAGAGAUACCAGACUGCAGCUCACCAAGAUAUGCAGGAAGUCCUUCAAUCAUCCAGCUCCACAUUAAAGUUUCUAAUAUCGCGAAAUGCUGCUGCUUUUCAAGAAACCCUCGAAAAUCUCAUCAGACAAGCAGAGAAUUACACCAGUAUCUUCUUCUGCAACAGCUACAGAAAUAUGGCCUUAGAGGCUACAGCUUCAGUUCAGGAGUUCUUCACUGAUGUGGGGCUCUAUUUGUUUGGCGCAGAUGUUCAUCCUGAAGAAUUUGUAAACAGAUUCUUUGACGGUCUUUUCCCUCUGGUCUACAAUCACCUCAUUAGCCCUGGUGUGACGGACAGUUCCCUGGAAUACUCAGAAUGCAUCCGGAUGGCUCGCCGGGAUGUUAGUCCCUUUGGUAAUAUUCCCCAAAGAGUGAUGGGGCAGAUGGGGAGAUCGCUGCUGCCUAGCCGCACAUUUCUGCAGGCACUGAAUCUGGGCAUUGAAGUCAUCAAUACCACAGACCAUUUACACUUCUCCAGAGAGUGCAGCAGAGCCGUCCUGAGGAUGCAGUACUGCCCUUACUGCCAGGGCCUGACUCUCAGCAAGCCUUGCAUGGGGUACUGCCUCAACGUCAUGAGAGGCUGCUUGGCACACAUGGCAGAGCUGAAUCCACACUGGCAUGCCUACAUCCGGUCAUUGGGAGAGCUGUCAGAUGCCAUGCAUGGAACAUAUGACAUUGAACAUGUGCUCCUGAACUUCCACUUGCUUGUUAAUGAUGCCGUGAUGCAGGCUCACCUCGAUGCACAAAAGUUAUCAGAGCAGAUCAGUAAGAUUUGUGGCCGUCCAAUCAGAACACCUACACAAAGCCCCCGUUGUUCUUUUGAGGGAAGCAAAGAGAAGCAUGGGAUGAAGAUCUCUCCAAGAAAUGGUGAAGAGACACUUGCCAACAGAAGAAAGGAAUUUAUCAACAGCCUUAGACUGUACAGGACGUUCUAUGGAGGCCUGGCUGAUGAGCUCUGCGUUAAUGAAUUAGCUGCUGCCGAUGGACUACCAUGCUGGGACGGGGAGCAUAUAGUAAAAAGCUAUACUCAGCGUGUGGUUGGAAAUGGAAUCAAAGCCCAAUCUGGAAAUCCCGAAGUCAAAGUCAGAGGAACUGAUCCUGUGAUAAAUCAAAUUAUUGAUAAACUAAAGCACGUUAUUCAGUUGUUGCAGGGUAGGUCACCCAAGCCCAACAAGUGGGAACUGCAGAUGGGCAGUGGCGGUGGCAUGGCUGAACAGGUCAGCGGGGAGUGUGAUGAUGAAGACGGUUGUGGGGGAUCGGGAAGUGGAGAAGUCAAGAGGACGCUGAAAAUCACGGACUGGAUGCCAGAGGAGAUGAACCUCAGUGAUGUAAAGCAGAUCCAUCAGACAGGCGGAAGUAGUACUUUAGAUACAGCUGGAUCAGGAUGUUCAGCAGCGACUGAUUCCAUGGCAUUUAUGCUGAUGGGUGCGGUGAUGUUACUUCCUUGGCUUUAG